AUGGCAUCCGACCCCGUCUUGCGCAUUGACGAGUUUAACGUCUCCACGUUUACCUACAAGGUGAUUGAGGGGCAACCCAUUCUUCUCGAUCUACUUGUCCCAAAGGCCUUGCCACCUGGUGAACGCCCAGUCCUUAUUCGAUUUCACGGCGGCUUCCUCGUCUACGGCAGCCGUGACAAUUUACAACUUACACCCCCGAGAAUUCUUGAGUAUGCUCUUGAGAAUAGCACAAUUCUGGUGUCUUGUGACUACAGAUUAAUCCCAGAGAGCAAUGGAAUUGAGAUACUUAAAGACAUCGAAGGCGUCUGGUCCUGGGUUCAGAGCAGCUUGGACGAGGCCAUUGGAUCCGUCACAAAUGGGAAGAGCCGAGCAGACCUGGGGAGGGUUCUGCUAGCGGGCGAGAGUGGCUACCUUGCAAUACAACUAGCAUUGCGCCAUCCAGCUGCAUUCAGAGCAGUCAUCGCCAGUUACCCUAUGAUCGACAUGCGAAGCGACCAUUUCUGCAAAGCCUACCAUAAGAAAAUGGGCCAAUAUCCACAAAUCGAUUACGAACUCGUGUCUCAGCAUCUCAAACAGCUUCCUGACGGUCCUCAACCAUCAACCAGAGCGAUCUCAAAUCUCCCAAUCGCAAUGGUGCAGCACGGUACAUACACCAGCUUCUUCGGCGACCAGCGAAGUCUGUUUCCAAUAGAAUGUCUGGAAGACAAGCCUCAGUUGGCGCUGGAGCUUCCUUUCAUCUGGUUGCAUCAUGGCAACGAUGAUAGUGAAGUCCCGAUCGAGGGGAGUAGGAAGUUUGUUGCCAAGCUGCGAGAGCUCAAUCCCAAGGCCAAGUUGCGAUACACGGAGCUUGAGGCGGCGGAACAUGGUUUUUGGAGUGAGAUAAAUCUGAUUCAAUCCGGCGAGUGGGAAGAAGGAGUGAAGGUUCUAAAUACUUAUCUACAAGGUUAG